AGUGCAAGUCUGCAGUUAUCCAGUGUGAAUGAGCUGCUGACGUCCACAGGAGCUUGUGCUUAGUGCCACAUUAAUAGUAUGGAUCACACCGAAGUCCUGAAGCCUCAGACAUUGGAUGAGCUCAUCCAGAUCCUACACCAGAUCUUUUCCAGUGACAAAGUUAAUGUGGAAGAAGUUCAGAAUCUAGUGGAGUCGUAUGAAAGCAAUCCACUGGAGUGGAUGAAGUAUGCAAAGUUUGAUCAGUACAGGUACACUCGGAAUCUUGUCGAUGAAGGAAAUGGGAAAUUUAACUUGAUGCUCUUGUGCUGGGGUGAAGGACAUGGCAGCAGUAUCCAUGACCACACCAACUCCCACUGCUUCUUGAAGAUUCUUCAGGGUAGCCUUAAAGAGACGCUAUAUGAAUGGCCACAAAAGAAAAUGAAUGGCGAGAUGGCGAAAAAAUCAGAAGGCGUGCUGAAGCUGAAUCAGUGCGCCUACAUAAAUGACUCCAUAGGCCUUCACCGUGUGGAAAACCCAAGCCAUACAGAGACCGCUGUGAGCCUUCAUCUUUACAGCCCUCCUUUUGACCACUGCCAUACAUUUGAUCAACGGACAGGGCACAAAAAUACAGUUAAAAUGACCUUUUGGAGCAAGUAUGGAGAAAGGACUCCUUUUGCCAUCGCACAAUCACAAGAAAACAACUAACCACUUCCUUGAAGAAGCUAUAUAAAAUACUGUGGUAUCUUGAAAUGCUGUUUUGUCAAACCGGUUAGCUCUUUGGACUUCUAUGACCAAACUGUACAUAUACCUCCCCUAGGAUUCACAAGAAGGCCAUUGUAAAUCAAAGACAACAACUUCCCACACCUGGAUAAACCCAUUAAGCUAUCCCUCUAAUGUCCCUUUUUUAAUGGUUUUAUGGUUUGUUUGUUUUUUCCUUUUCUCAUUUUUUAAAGGCUUUUUUAUUUUUUUUGUCCUUUUUUAAAAUAGCAACCAACUUCUCUUAAUGUGCCCAAGUUUGUAUGUAUAGAUUUUUAUUGGUCUUGUAACAAGUGUAAAUUUUUGUUCUGUGUAUUUUUAGAAAAAAAAGUAACACAUGAAUUUGGAAUUUUCAAAAGCAACAAUAAAAGUUCAAAUUCAUUCCAUUUUGUCUAUAUAUUUUAGUGCAAAGUAUUUUGGCCUGCUUUCACAGUAAUGCAGGAAUUGUACAACAAAAUGUAUGCAAUGUCACACUGAUAACACCGCUCUUCUCAGACCAA